GCAACAUUGGAUCAAGAAGUAUGUACUACGCACACGCACAUCAUUGACAGCAGCUGUAAUGGCGGCGGCAUCUUGAAAUUUAUGUCAAAAUAUCAGUUUUUUAAAUGCGAAUUACAGAAAAACUAUAGCUCAGCGUAAAAAAAUGUAUAGAUUGAAAAGUAAAUAAAAAAUAAAACAUAAUCCACUGUCCAAAUUUCAGACUAAUCCGACUAUCCUUACUAAUGUAAGUAAUUACCAAAAUAUUAUUUUAUAGAGAAAGGUGUGGAUACAAUAUAACGUUCCAGUUUUGUACUACUGCAUUAAAAAUGACUGACAGAAGAUUUGCUGAUGAAGAUGAUGCUCCUUACUCAAGACUGUUUGUAGUGGCAUCAAAAGAUUUAAGGGAAGAUGAUAUCAAAAGUGUUUUUGGUAAGUUCGGUAACAUUAAGGAUGUGUGGGCUGUAAAAGACAGAAAUUCUGGCGACUAUAAAGGAAUAUUUUAUGUAAAAUAUUAUAAAACUGCUGAUGCAGCUCUGGCCCUUGAAGAGAUGAGAGGCACCAAUUUAGGUGGAAGACCUCUAAAAGUAAUGAUUGCAAAUAAUCGUGAAGCAGGUCAGGACUCCAAAGCUGAUAUUGACGAGGAAGAUCUCAAAAGAUUGUUCAUUGUGGUGUCAAAAACAGCAGAUGACAACGAAAUCCAUAACCACUUCAAACAAUUUGGUCCAUUAGUGUUUGCCUCUAUCGUCCACGACAGAGAAACUAAACAAAACAAACCAUUCGCUUAUGUCAAAUUUCACAAGUUUUCAGAUGCAGCCCACGCAGUAGACGAAUGUGAUAAGAAAUACAAAGCCGUUUUUGCCAAACCACGUAAAUCUAGAGCUGAGCUCCAGAGUCUUAGGUCUGAUCCAUUUCAAUUUACUGCUAGACCUGAAUUUUCGUCUUUGACAAGGAAUGAUAGAGCUCCCCCGAUGGAUUUCAAAGAGGAUGGUUGUUUUUCCCUAAAUGUAAUUGCCAGCUAUUCAGUGAACCAAAGUCAACUUUGGAGAUUAUUUGACAUUGUACCGAGUAUGGACUUUUGCCAGGUUCAAUAUGACGAAAACAAUCGCCAAUUAAAUAAAUAUGAGGUGGUGUUUAAAAACGAACAUUGGGCGCAAUAUGCCAUAGAAAAAUUCCACGGCUUCGAAUAUCCCCCAGGAGAACGGUUGAUUGUUAAAGCUAACACAGCAUUUGGAAGUGGUUCCAGCAACGGAAAUCGACAUAAACGGUCAGCAUCGGAUUUUAGCAACUCGUCUGAAAUUAUGAGACUUGCUGAAACAAUUGCCCAGGCUAAUUCACUGCUCCAACAGAAGACCGGAAUCCCAGCAGACAAUGCAAGAUCAGGUUUAUUACCAGAUCCAUACGAAAGCGUUUCGAUGUGUAGUAAACCAUUACCUCCUCGUCAACCAGUUUCAGAUCCCGAUGCAGAAGUUGUAGCAAGGUGUUUUGUGGUUUGCAUUCCAGUUGCCUUAAGUCCUGCAAUUCUUAAAGAUAUCUUCUGCAGAUUUGGAAAUUUGAUAGACGUGUACAUGGUUCAUCAUAAAAAUUAUGGAUUCGCCAAAUAUUCGUCGAAGCAAUCAGCAGAAAAAGCCAUAGAAGUAUUAAAUGGAAUAGAAAUGAAAGGCAUUCGCUUGUCAGUGGUUGAAGCACAAGAAAAAGCAAAUAAAAAACAAAAAAUGGACACAUUCAGUACAGAAAGUUCACCCCAAAAUAACAAAUUAUAACCAGUCUUUUGACAGCGCGAAGUUUUAUACCAAC